UGGGCACCCAGUGAAUCUUUGACCUGCGGCUGCUCCCACUGCCUCCUCCCCACGGUACCCCUCAUCGUCCACGAAGCCUAUCUGGCCUAGUGUCUGCAUUAGCCCUUGCCUGAAAUCCAUGUUGAAUUCCUUUGCUGGUAGCCUGGUCCCCCAUCCUGCCCUGGCUAUGAUCGACCUGGUGGACAGCAAUCUGAGAAAUGCAGGAACCUCCAGUUCUGCCCCAGUCUCAGAGGAGGACAGCACAGGCUCCUGGACCCUCCCUCAGGUGAAGGACACUGGCCAGCUGAAAGAGUUCAGCAUGGCUGCCGGGAUGCACCGGGCAGUCAUCGGCUUCCUCAAGGCCUGUGGACUCCUGGGCAGCCUCUACUUCUUCAUCUGCUCCCUGGACAUCCUCAGCUCUGGCUUCCAGCUGCUGGGCAGCAGAACAGCAGGAGACAUUUUCAAGGGCAACGUGGUGCUGUCCAACCCUGUGGCGGGACUGGUCAUCGGUGUGCUGGUCACAGUGCUUGUGCAGAGCUCCAGCACGUCCUCCUCCAUUGUAGUCAGCAUGGUGGCUGCCAAGCUGUUGACUGUCCAGGCGUCUGUCCCCAUCAUCAUGGGUGUCAACGUGGGCACAUCCAUCACCAGCACCCUGGUCUCCAUAGCACAGUCAGGGGACCGGGAGGAGUUUCGCAGGGCCUUCAGUGGCUCCGCUGUGCAUGGCAUCUUCAACUGGCUCACGGUGCUGGUCCUGCUGCCACUGGAGAGUGUUGUGGCCCUGCUGCAGAGACUGAGUGCCCUGCUCCUGGGCGUGGCCCACCUGCAGCCUGGUGCACAGGCCCCUGACAUCCUCAAGGCACUGACAAAGCCCCUCACACACCUCAUUGUGCAGCUGGACAGCAGCCUGAUAGCCAGCAGUGCCACCGGCAAUGCCACCAACAGCAGCCUCAUCAAACAAUGGUGCGGCUGCAGCAGGGAGACGAACCAGGGCCACAGCAACGCAAGUGGAGCCUUCAACCCCUGCACUGGGAAGGGCAGCCCAGCUGCCGAGGACAAGCUGCCCUGCCACCACCUGUUUGUGGGCUCCACCCUCGCGGACCCAGCUGUGGGCUGUAUCCUGCUGGCCGGCUCCCUUCUGGUGCUGAGUGUCUGCCUGGUGCUCAUCGUCAAGGUGCUCAGCUCUGUGCUCCGUGGCUGGGUGGCCCAGGCUGUGAGGACUGUCAUCAACGCGGACUUCCCUUUCCCCUGCGGCUGGCUCAGUGGCUACCUGGCCAUCCUCGUGGGUGCUGGCAUGACCUUCCUGCUCCAGAGCAGCAGCGUCUUUACAGCAGCCAUCGUGCCACUCAUGGGGGUUGGGGCGAUCAGCCUGGACCGGGCAUACCCCCUGCUCCUGGGCUCCAACAUCGGCACCACCACCACAGCCCUGCUGGCUGCGCUGGCCAGCCCUGCGGACAUGCUGCUCUUUGCCGUCCAGGUUGCCCUCAUCCACUUCUUCUUCAACCUUGCUGGCAUACUGCUGUGGUACAUAGUGCCUGUCCUGAGGUUGCCCAUCCCACUGGCCAAGCGCUUUGGGGAUCUGACUGCCCGCUACCGCUGGGUGGCUGUUGUCUACCUGCUGUUCACCUUCCUGCUGCUGCCCCUGGCAGGCUUCGGGCUCUCUCUGGCAGGGAACACAGUGCUGGCUGCAGUUGGGGCACCCCUGGUGGGGCUGGUGCUCCUCCUCAUCCUGGUUAAUGUCUUGCAGAGGCGACGGCCAUCCUGGCUGCCGCACAGCCUGCGCUCCUGGGCCUGGCUGCCCCUCUGCCUCCGCUCUCUGGAGCCCUGGGACCACCUGGUGACCCACUGCUGCCCAGGCUUGGCCUGUAGACGCCCCCAGACAGCCACCAAAGAGGCUCCCUGCUGUGAGACCCCCAAGGUCCUGGCCUCCCAGCAGUUUUAAGGGUGGGCACCCAGCCACCAUUCCAGUCCCACUGGUCUGCAAGUGGUAACAUUGGAGAACGGGCCUGCCAUGUGUCCCGGCAGGCGCCAGGACUUCUGAGGCCCUUGAUCCCUUUGCAAAUAAAUGAGGUUGUUACCUAG